AUGGAGCUUAUUAGAGUUAUGGUUGAUGCUAGGUACAAGGAUACACAAGCAGAUAUCAGGGGCAUCAAAGAAUCCCUUGCAAAAUUAACUGGCACCUCCCCUGCACCUAUCUUUGAAAAAGCGGAUCAAGAUGAUGCCCAAAAGGGGGAGAAAGAAUCCUUGAGAAAACUUGAUGUUGACCCCAAAGCAAAACCUAAUGGUCAGCAACAACAAAAGCCAGGAUCUGCCAAAGACACUUCUUCAAAAUCCUCUAAAAAAAUUGAUGAUGGAAAGAAAAAGGGAGUUGAUGAGACCCUUAAUAAACAGACAGAUGAAGAGAUUUUAGAAAAACAGAAGAGAAAAGAUACAGAAGAAAGCAAGACAGAUUUUUGGAAGCAGGAACAAGAGAAAAAGAUGAAAAGAGAAAACAAAGCUCAAAAUAUUGGCACUUCUGAUAGAAGAAAAUCUUUCAGAAACAACAGACCACCAUUAGCCACAUUUCCCAAAAGAACUACUGCUUCUAAAAAGCCAACUACAACCAAACCAAGACCUUCACCCCAAUAA